AUGGACAACGACAUCACCCUCAUUAAGCUGCAACGGCCAAGCGAGUACGCACUGAUCGACCUCGACCAGCCUGGCGACAACACGUGGCACGAAGUCGGGACUAACCUCGUAACGGCAGGUUGGGGCACUCUGUCUGCUGGUGGCGGAACGCCCGACAAAGCGCAGCAUGUCACUGUACCAGUCGUGCCGGACUGCGAGGACACCAACUACGGCCCGAGUGUCGGCAUAGAGUACAAUCCCGAGACGAUGGUUUGCGCUGGGACGGUCGGCCUGGACACAUCGGCGGUCACGGACAUGUACUCCAUGUUCUACCAGGCCUACUCCUUCAACCAGGACAUUAGCGUGUGGAACGUGUCUGCAGUCACGACCAUGGAGCGCAUGUUCUGCUUCGCAUCCGUCUUCAACCAGGACAUCAGCGCGUGGGACGUGUCGGCGGUUACUACCAUGAGCUCCAUGUUCUGCGGCCACAACUCCCUGAGCGACUGCAACAAGGCGCUCAUCCACGCCAGCUUCGACGCACAGACGAGCGCCUGGCCCUACGAUUCCUCCUCGCUCGCGUGGGGCUCGCUCGCGUGCCCUCCCUAA